UUUUGAGGGCUAUGUCAAAUAUUAUUUUUAAUGCAAAAUAAUCCUUGGAGAUGAGCUUUUUUUCCAAAAUAAGAGCGCAUUUGUAUUAAAUAGGCAUCAAAAUGGAAGGGGACUUUUUAUCAGAGAAUUAUAUAAAAUACAAAAACAUGGGAUUGUCGAAAGGACAAGAUUUUUGUAAUAGUUAAAAAAGAUAUUAUUACACAACUGCUUUAAAUAUAGGCAUUAUUUGUUGUAAAAUAACUAGAAACUCUUUAACAGACAGGUGCACUUUAAAGGGUGUUAAAUUGUGCAAUAUUUAGACUUAUCGUAACGUAAUGUGCACUUCUUGAUAUCAUGUUUAUUAGUUGGAAGACUUUAAUUUCAAAUUGAGUGACAAUAAGUGAUAUAAAUAAUUUUCAAACUGUUCAGUCACAUCGACUGUUCGAGGUGUACAUGUGGAAUUCGUAAAUGGCACCGCAGAUCUCUAAAGUGGAAAGACAGCGGAUAAUUGCACUAAGACGAAGUGGGUGUAGAGUCAAAGAAAUAUGUGCCCAAACUGGAAUAACGCGUAAAACCGUCUACUUCUGGAUCCGACGCUGGGAGGAAGAGGGCACGCUCGAGGCCAACCACCGGCAGCACUACGAGCGGGUCACUACAGAGGAGGAGGACGCCGCCAUCGUCGCCGCGCACGCCGCCGACCCGCGGCUCAGCACGCGAGUCUCCUCCGCCACCUACAAGGCGAGUGUGCGCACUAGGCGAGCCACCGGCAGCCAUUACGAGCGGGUCACUACAGAGGAGGAGGACGCCGCCAUCGUCGCCGCGCACGCCGCCGACCCGCGGCUCAGCACGCGAGUCUCCUCCGCCACCUACAAGGCGAGCCACCGGCAGCAUUACGAGCGGGUCACUACAGAGGAGGAGGACGCCGCCAUCGUCGCCGCGCACGCCGCCGACCCGCGGCUCAGCACGCGAGUCUCCUCCGCCACCUACAAGGCGAGCCACCGGCAGCAUUACGAGCGGGUCACUACAGAGGAGGAGGACGCCGCCAUCGUCGCCGCGCACGCCGCCGACCCGCGGCUCAGCACGCGAGUCUCCUCCGCCACCUACAAGGCGAGCCACCGGCAGCAUUACGAGCGGGUCACUACAGAGGAGGAGGACGCCGCCAUCGUCGCCGCGCACGCCGCCGACCCGCGGCUCAGCACGCGAGUCUCCUCCGCCACCUACAAGGCGAGCCACCGGCAGCAUUACGAGCGGGUCACUACAGAGGAGGAGGACGCCGCCAUCGUCGCCGCGCACGCCGCCGACCCGCGGCUCAGCACGCGAGUCUCCUCCGCCACCUACAAGGCGAGCCACCGGCAGCAUUACGAGCGGGUCACUACAGAGGAGGAGGACGCCGCCAUCGUCGCCGCGCACGCCGCCGACCCGCGGCUCAGCACGCGAGUCUCCUCCGCCACCUACAAGGCGAGCCACCGGCAGCAUUACGAGCGGGUCACUACAGAGGAGGAGGACGCCGCCAUCGUCGCCGCGCACGCCGCCGACCCGCGGCUCAGCACGCGAGUCUCCUCCGCCACCUACAAGGCGAGCCACCGGCAGCAUUACGAGCGGGUCACUACAGAGGAGGAGGACGCCGCCAUCGUCGCCGCGCACGCCGCCGACCCGCGGCUCAGCACGCGAGUCUCCUCCGCCACCUACAAGGCGAGCCACCGGCAGCAUUACGAGCGGGUCACUACAGAGGAGGAGGACGCCGCCAUCGUCGCCGCGCACGCCGCCGACCCGCGGCUCAGCACGCGAGUCUCCUCCGCCACCUACAAGGCGAGCCACCGGCAGCAUUACGAGCGGGUCACUACAGAGGAGGAGGACGCCGCCAUCGUCGCCGCGCACGCCGCCGACCCGCGGCUCAGCACGCGAGUCUCCUCCGCCACCUACAAGGCGAGCCACCGGCGGCACUACGAGCGGGUCACUACAGAGGAGGAGGACGCCGCCAUCGUCGCCGCGCACAACGCCGACCCGCGGCUCAGCACGCGAGUCUCCUCCGCCACCUACAAGGCGAGCCACCGGCGGCACUACGAGCGGGUCACUACAGAGGAGGAGGACGCCGCCAUCGUCGCCGCGCACGCCGCCGACCCGCGGCUCAGCACGCGAGUCUCCUCCGCCACCUACAAGGUGUCUAUGGACACAGUUCGCCGGCGGCUUAAGGAAGCGAGAGAGGGGAAGAAGUGUCGUCGGCCUGUGAAGAAAAUUGAAGUGGAAGUCUUCCCUGAACAGGUGCCCAGCGCUGUGCGACGGAGACGGAAGACUGGUAAAAAGUGCAGACCGUUGAAAAAGAUUAAAGUAGAGGUGUUCCCGGAAGACAUGAGCAGUAUGGCGUCGGAGCCUGCGCAAGAUCAGUUGUGCAGACUGUGCCAUGUCACUAUAUCCGGAUUCGUGUUCAUAUGCGUGCAAUGCCUGGUGCGCACGUGCGGCGCGUGCGACGCGCGCGGCCUGCACGCACACCACUACGUGCUACGCGCGCCGACGCAUAGUGCAGAGGAUGAAAUACGAAUAAUAAUGGACAAAGUCCGCGAAGCCCUAAUGAUAGCCCGGCACAAAAGGCCGAAGCGCGAGGCGGUGCAGCUCCUACCGCCGCUCAAACAGGAGACCAUAGAGAUCGAGAUGGCCGUAGACAACGAUGCUAACUAUCCUUUGAACUUGAAUAUGAAGACUGCUGUUGACGACGAAAUCUCAGACCCGUACAGAAGCUACCAGGACUUGCCUGCAACCGCCCCUGCUGGAUCACAGGUGGUACCAGAGCACACAGAAGUAAACCUAGGCGUUCUCCACACGCUGCUAACGAGGUCAGACGAGCCUCCACCAAUUGACCAGGCCCUACCACACAUUGACGAUCCACCAGAUAUCAUUAGAGACCCACAACCUCCAAGCCAGGACCUUCACAACCUCGAUGGAGACGUGUCCGAAUACCUCCAGUUACAACUAAACACAAACGUGGAAGAUAGUAUAGCUAGCAACUGUAUCAACGAUCUACCCAGCGAAGAUUCGAGUAAAAAUCCAGAGAAAAAUGACAUAAACGGCGCGAAUAUACCUGUCAAGAAUUCGUCAAAAAAAGGGUAUUUUAGAAGCGAAGAUUCACAGUCGGAAGCCAGUAGUCAGUCGCCGACGCCUGUGAAAAAGAUUGACAGAGGAAACCAGAAUUUUAAUGACUCGCAGAAAUCGGAGGGAUCGUGCUCCGAUGAGCCGUCUAAUGUAAAUAAUGAUAUUAGAAGUAGUAGUACCAGUUAUUUCGUGAACGAAAACCCAGGGCGGGUAGUAGCGCCAAAUGCAUCGAUGGAGGAGAGGCUUCAGAUAGUCGAACUACACAAGCAAGGCAAGAAUAUCCCCCAAAUAGCUGACCAACUUGGAAUACUCCGUGGCGUAGUUCGUCGUUGGGUGCAGCGCUACUCCGAGUUCGGCCACGUGCGCGACGCGGGCCGCCGGCCGCGCGCGCGCCCCGACCCGCGCCGCGCUGAGAAAGUAGUUAAACUGUUCACUGACAAACCUGACUCGAGGAUCGCCGACGUCGCCAAGAAUUCGGUCACGUGCGCGACGCGGGCCGCCGGCCGCGCGCGCCCCGACCCGCGCCGCGCUGAAAGAGUAGUUAAACUGUUCACGGAUAAACCUAACUCCAGGAUCGCCGACGUCGCCAAGAAGUAA